AAUUCUAAAGGCGAUUUUUAAAUCAUGUCAAGCUCAGUUGAACAGAAAAAGGGGCCUACAAGACAGCGCAAAUGUGGCUUUUGUAAGUCCAAUAGAGAUAAGGAAUGUGGACAGUUACUAGUCUCGGAAAACCAGAAGGUGGCAGCACACCAUAAAUGUAUGCUCUUUUCAUCUGCUUUGGUAUCAUCACACUCUGAUAAUGAGAGUCUUGGUGGAUUUUCUAUUGAAGAUGUCCAAAAGGAAAUAAAAAGAGGCACAAAAUUGAUGUGUUCUUUGUGCCAUUGUCCUGGAGCCACAAUUGGUUGUGAUGUGAAAACAUGUCACAGGACAUACCACUACCACUGUGCAUUGCAUGACAAAGCUCAAAUCCGAGAGAAACCUUCACAAGGAAUUUACAUGGUUUAUUGCCGAAAACACAAGAAAACUGCUUAUAACUCUGAAGCUGAUUUAGAAGAAACUUUUAAUGAGCAUGAACUGGAGCCCUCAUCACCUAAAAAUAAAAAGAAAAGUCGUAAAGGAAGGCCAAGAAAAACGAAUUUUAAAGGGCUGUCUGAAGACACCAGGUCCACAUCCUCCCAUGGGACAGAUGAAAUGGAAAGUAGUUCCUAUAGAGAUAGGUCCCCACACAGAAGCAGCCCUAGUGACACCAGGCCUAGGUGUGGGUUUUGUCAUGUAGGCGAGGAAGAGAAUGAAGCUAGAGGAAAACUGCAUAUAUUUAAUGCCAAAAAGGCAGCUGCACAUUAUAAGUGCAUGCUGUUUUCUUCUGGCACAGUCCAGCUCACAACCACAUCAAGAGCAGAAUUUGGAGAUUUUGAUAUUAAAACUGUACUUCAGGAGAUUAAGCGAGGAAAAAGAAUGAAAUGUACACUUUGCAGUCAGCCCGGUGCUACUAUCGGAUGUGAAAUCAAAGCCUGUGUGAAGACAUACCAUUACCACUGUGGAGUACAAGACAAAGCUAAAUACAUUGAAAAUAUGUCACGAGGAAUUUACAAACUAUAUUGUAAAAAUCAUAGUGGAAAUGAUGAAAGGGAUGAAGAAGAUGAGGAACGAGAGAGUAAAAGUCGUGGAAAAGUAGAAAUUGAUCAGCAACAACUAACUCAGCAGCAACUUAAUGGAAACUAGGUAUGAAAGUUCAUGCUAUUGGAUCCAUUGUCGGGUUACAAUAGACAUUGAUCAAUGCAGUAAGACUUUAAUGCUAAUAUGUUUAGUUAGGAGCAUGUUAGUAGAAUGCAGAAGAUUGUGUAGGCUUGCACAGUUUGUUGUUUUGUUUUCUAAGUAGCUGAUUUUGUAACAGUUAAAAAGAAACUAUUCACUUUAUCAAUAAAUGUAGUUUUAAGUAAAAUCAAUAAGAUAUUCUCACUCCUCAAUAACAUAUUUAUUGUUUCUUCCCCUCAAGCAUCAUAUUUUACAUUUUUUUAUCAUCUUUUGAACAGGUUCAUGGGACAGAGUUAGAAAACUGGGAAUGAAUAAGACAUCCAUAACUACUAUUCUUUUUCACUGUUUUCCAAAAUCCAAAAGGGUUUGUAACUUUUUACUACCCAACUCUUAGAUCCUUUACUGAACUGCCGAAAAAUGUCCUGUUUGUUCUAUGAACGUUCACUAGAUGGCAGAAUGUGACAUGUGGAUAUUAUUUAGCUGUAGUUUGCAGUUUCUGGGAAGCAAUUGAAACACUAUUAACCUAUGUACGGUGUCAACAGUUCAAGCAGACAUUGCAGUGAAGUAAGCUAUAUAUGUGGACUGAACCAAGUUCUCCUCUUUAGAAUGUUUCAGUUUGUCUAGUGGACUGGUGGUACCCAAGGAAAAGCAUACGCAAAUUUGACUUUACAGUGCAGACAUGCCUCUGGUGGCAACCUGGUAAUGUGGGCAUUCCUUUUUUCACAUUCAAGUACUGAUGGCUGUAAAUGAAGAGAGCCACCUUUUUUCUCUUGACUUUGAUAGCACAUGCUAAAAAUUUCUUC